AGCAAACUAAACAGAAAGCUUACAACAGAGGAGGAUUGCAUGUUAAUGCCUUUUGCAGACUGAGCUGGGGCAGAAAGGGGCUGGGCUGCCUUUCAACCUCAUCCCUUCCAAACAAAGGUGUCCAUCCACAGUGUUACUUAUGUUUUUAAUGCAAACAUUAGAGCAUCACAGAACUGGGUAACAAAAGAAACCCACAUAAGCUCCAUCAAGAGAAAACCAUCAGUUUUGUGUAUGUAACACACAUGUACAGGUAAGUGUGUGUUGUAAACCUCAGGUGAGACAUAGAAGCACAGAAGAGUCAGGCAGUUCAUUGACUGGUUUUGGGAGGGGCAAAUGUCAGCUCUUUUAAUCCUUACAAGAUGCUGGUCUACAACACCUUGGCAAUCCGAAGCAUGUCCUACCAGCAGCAUCCACACCAUCUGGCAGUUUGUUACAAAUGCAGAAUCUCGGGCAUCAUUCCAGGGACGGAAGUGAAAUCGGCAUUUUAACAAGAGCUUCCAGGUUACUUGUGUAAACAUGACAAUCUACUCCCCACUGGACUUAUUUGUGGAGCAAGGAAAGAACUGGGCCAAGUUGGGGACACCCACAGUACAGCCAGGGUGGAAAGAGCUUCCCCGAAAUGAGCUGUGGCCCCUGGCCCUCCCAUGGUGUCCCCACGACCUUAGCCUCCAGUCCAUCUUCCCUGCCCCUCUGUCAAGGUUAUGUGGGUCUCUAGUCUACUUAAGAUGCUGGGGUUUUGUUUUGUUUUCAGGCUGUGCUUACUCUUUCGAGGAGCAAAAAGACAAAAUGUAGGCUAUGAAACAAGGUGCGACAGCCACAAGGCCCCAGGUGUAAAAUACCGACGUGCUCAGAAGAGCUGCUGCACCUCCAUAAGCCUCUUUGUUGGUAAAAUGGCACUAAGAGGGGACACCAUGGGACACCAUGAAGAUUAAAGUGUACCUGACAUGUAGCCAGUGCUUACUGUUAAUGUUUGCUAAGUACAUGAUAUGGUUUGCAACCCCUGACCUGUAUGUAGGAGCUGGUCGCUGUCGGCUAAGCAAGGUGGGGGCUGGCCGGCGCCCACCUCCAGCUCGGGUAAGGGUGGCCGUGAGGCUGCGACCAUUUGUGGAUGGGACAGCUGCAGCAGGUGAGCCCCCUUGUGUGCGGGGCCUGGACAGCUGUUCACUAGAGAUUGCCAACUGGAGGAACCACCAGGAGACUCUCAAAUACCAGUUUGAUGCCUUCUAUGGAGAGAGGAGCUCUCAGCAGGACGUCUAUGCGGGAUCAGUGCAGCCCAUCCUGAGGCACUUGCUGGAAGGGCAGAAUGCCAGUGUGCUUGCCUAUGGGCCCACAGGGGCAGGGAAGACGCACACAAUGCUGGGCAGCCCAGAGCAACCUGGAGUGAUUCCCCGGGCUCUCAUGGACCUCCUACAGCUCACAAGGGAGGAGGGCGGCGAGGGCCGGCCAUGGGCUCUCUCUGUCACUAUGUCCUACUUAGAGAUCUACCAGGAAAAGGUAUUAGACCUCUUGGACCCUGCAUCAGGAGACCUGGUGAUCCGAGAAGAUUGUCGAGGAAACAUCCUGAUUCCGGGCCUCACACAGAAGCCCAUCACUAGCUUUGCUGAUUUUGAGCGGCACUUUCUGCCAGCCAGUAGAAACCGGACUGUAGGAGCCACCCGGCUCAACCAGCGCUCCUCCCGCAGUCAUGCUGUGCUCCUGGUUAAGGUGGAUCAGCGGGAACGUCUGGCCCCAUUCCGCCAGCGGGAGGGUAAACUCUACCUGAUUGACUUGGCUGGUUCAGAGGACAACCGGCGUACGGGUAACAAGGGUCUGCGGUUGAAGGAAAGUGGAGCUAUCAACUCGUCCCUGUUUGUACUGGGCAAGGUGGUGGAUGCGCUGAACCAGGGCCUCCCUCGUGUGCCUUACCGGGACAGCAAGCUCACUCGCCUGUUGCAGGAUUCUCUGGGUGGCUCAGCCCACAGCAUCCUCAUUGCCAACAUUGCCCCUGAGAGACGUUUCUACCUAGAUACAGUCUCUGCGCUGAACUUUGCUGCCAGGUCCAAGGAGGUGAUCAAUCGUCCUUUUACCAACGAGAGUCUGCAGCUUCGUGUCUUGGCACCCAUUAAACUGUCUCAGAAAGAACUGGUAGGCCCAUCAGAGGCAAAGAGAGCCCGAGGCCCUGAGGAAGAGGAGAUUGGGAGUCCUGAGCCCACAGCAGCUCCAGCCUCUGCCUCUCAGAAAGUCAGCCCCCUACAGAAGCUGAGCAGCAUGGACCCAGCUGUGCUGGAGCGCCUCCUCAGCUUGGACCGUCUCUUGGGCUCCCAGGGGAGCCAAGGAACCCAUGGGCUGAACACCCCGAGGCGAGAGCGGAUGGUGCUCAUGAAGACCAUGGAAGAGAAGGAUUUGGAGAUUGAGAGGCUGAAGAUGAAGCAAAAAGAACUGGAAGCCAAGGUUUUGGCCCAGGAGGCUGUAGACCCAAAGGAUAAAGAAAACGCCUCUCCUGCAGUGCUCCGACCGCUUGCACGCCGCACAGUCACAGUAGCUAAGCCCCUCAAAAAGGCUGUGGUGAUGCCCCUGCAACUGAUUCAGGAGCAGGCGGCAUCCCCAAAUGCUGAGAUCCAUAUCCUGAAGAAGAAAGGCCGGAAGAGAAAGCUGGAGUCCCUGGAUGCCUCAGAGCCAGAGGAGAAGGCUGAGGACUGCUGGGAGCUACAGAUCAGCCCAGAGCUACUGGCCCAUGGGCGCCAAAAAAUACUAGAUUUGCUGAACGAAGGCUCAGCCCGGGAUCUGCGCAGCCUGCAACGCAUUGGCCAGAAGAAGGCCCAGCUCAUCGUGGGCUGGAGGGAGCUCCACGGCCCCUUCAGCCAGGUGGAGGACCUGGAACGCGUGGAGGGCAUAUCCGGGAAACAGAUGGAGUCAUUCCUGAAGGCGAACAUCUUGGGUCUCGCCGCGUGUCAUCGCUGCGACACCUCCUGACUGCAGGCUCCUUUCCUCACUUGGCCAUUUUUUUUUUAAAUUCUCGUAUAACCGCGUGUCGUGUAAAUACAGUUUUUACUCUGGUG